GAAAAGUACAUUUUUGCUAAUACUAACUAAUAAAGCUCUUAAUUUUUUAAAAAACAUUUACUUUAAAUAAAACAUUAUUAAUAAAAGUUGAGAAGAUUAGUUUGUCAAUAACAUUAAUUGUAAAUCAUUGACUGUUGAAGAUCCCUAUUUGCCAGAAAAACGAUAUCGUACAUCAAUAACAUAUGAAUUUUCAAAACGUGAAUCCCUUAAAUGUUCGAUUGAACAUGGUCUCAGGAAAUUUGUUACCAAUGACUGAUGACGGUUCAUCAUUUCCCAUACUAUGGAGAAUAUAUGGCGCUUCAAUUUGGUUACUCGAAAUAAUUCAAAUGUGUGUUUUAAUUCCCGGUUGCAUAAUCGUGCCGAAAGAAAAAGCUCUGAAAGAUGGUCUAAUUGGUAUUGCGAUUACCAUAGAAGUAGUCUUCACAACCGUUAGAAUUUAUUCGCGUAAGGCAUUAGUGCGACGAUUGAUUCAGAAACUGAAUAAUAUCAUGUGCAUAAAAGAUGAAAUAAUGAAAAAUAUGGUGAUAGCGACACGGAAACCGAUGGAAAUGCUUUUCAAAUUUUAUUGGAUAGCUGGCAUAGUAUCUUUAAUCAUGUGGUUUACCGAACCAUUUAUGUUAAUUUUUAAAAAAAAUUCCUUCGUGUACAUGGAUUACAGAAUGCCAAUUGUAUUAUCCAAGGAACCAUUCUCGACCGGUAUUUUUUUAUUGGGAAGUCUCAUUGUCAUGCUUAGCAGCAUGUACAUAUUUACGAAGAAAGUCAGUGUGGAUAGCUACGUAAUAAAUAUGAUAUUAUUGAUUACUGCACAAUAUAAAUACAUUGCAUUAAAACUCUCUAUGAUAUUUCGAAACGAAAGGUUGCAGAAUAAUUACAGCAGUUCUAAUAAAAAGCAACAUUAUUCUGAAAUAAAUUUUUACGCAGAAAAAGAGAUAAAAUCUAUAUGUCAUCAUCAUAACGCGAUUCUUCACAUCACAUUAAUGCUACAAGAAUUGUUAGCUAUGAGUCUCAGUAUAACAUAUCUAAACAGUGUUUUCCGGUUUUGCUGCAUUGCUAUUAUGGUGAUCUCAAUACCUUCAAGCGAUUUAAAUGAAAAAGCCGUAUUUAUUAUGUAUGCUUCCGGUGGAGUAGUGCAGCUGUACAUACUGUGUUCAUGUGUGCAACAGUUAUUAGAUGCGAGCACUGAAAUAACGGAUCAAGCAUUUCACGGCGAGUGGUAUCGUUAUGGAACUUCUAUACAGCGGACAUUUAUAUUUAUGAUAAUGGCUAAUAAUUUAGAACUUAAACUCUCAACGUUUGAAAGAUACAAUUUAUCUCUGUCUUCAUUUAUGACAGUGAGUUUAUAA